AGAUCAUAAGAAUCAGGUUAGAAUCUAGUUGAAUUUUUCUAGUGUGUUAAUCAACCGAAUUCAGUAAAUUGAUCACAAUUUUGGACAAUCAAUUUUUUAAUGUGAUAAUCGUGAUAAAAUUGAUUACAAAUAAUAGUGAAAUAGUUAAUCAAUCAAAUUGAAUUAAAAUGUCUACUGCUGGUUAUUUAAUGCCCCUGUUGACCAGGAAGCUUAAAUAUCUUGGUCACAUUAAGACAACCAAAAUUGACAAUGUAGUUUUUAAAUUACAUUAUCGGUACACUUUUAAUGCGUUAAUUGUUGCCUGUGCCGUUGUUACAUCGUACCAAUUUUUUGGAACUCCAAUAAUGUGCUUAUCCCAGGCCAGAACGGUUAAUCCGCAUACGAUCAACAAUUACUGUUGGGUCGAGGGAACUUUCACCUUGCCCAAGGCUUUGACCAAAAUUACCGGGGAGGAGGUGGUAAUGCCUGGUAUCGAGCAGAAAAAUCGUAAGGACGAAAUUUUGAAACACGAUUACUACCAAUGGGUUUGCUUUGUCCUCUUCCUUCAAGCGCUCGCUUUUUAUGGGCCUCAUCUUUUGUGGAAGAGAUGGGAAGGAGGCCAUGUUAAGCGAUUGGUCGCCGAUUUGAACAAAGCUCUACUCGCCGAGAGUAAAAAAGCUCAAAGUGAAAAUUCUUUGGUUAAAUUUUUGAUCACUCGUCGGGGUUGGUUUGAUGAAUAUGCUCUCAAGUACUUUUUCUGUGAGAUUUUCAAUUUCUUUCAUGUUCUGGUUGAAUUUUAUAUAACCAAUUGGUUUCUUGCUGGUAAUUUUGUCGAUUAUGGUUGGCAGGCCAUGUUUUUCGAUGGAUCCGCUGAAGAGAUUAAUCCAUUGACUCGAGUGUUUCCCAAAAUGACAAAAUGUAACUUUAAUCAUUAUGGUUCCUCUGGAGAUAUCCAAGUAUAUGAUAACUACUGUCUUCUUCCGUUGAACAUUAUCAAUGAAAAGAUUUAUAUUGGCCUUUGGAUUUGGUUUGUUCUGUUGGCCAUCAUUUCGGCAUUUUCCAUAAUCUAUCGACUUUGUUGCUUCUUCUAUCCACCAGCUCGAUAUCGACUCCUUCAAAUUGUCUCUAGACGAUCACGACCACAAGUUGUCAUUGAUUUGGUUAACCAAUUAACCUACGGCGAUUGGUUUAUUGUCUACUUGUUGGGACAAAAUAUUCAACAAUCACAUUUAGCUGAUAUCCUUGAAUUGUUGGCUCUUCAAUUAGAAGCAGAAGUCUACCAGAGUGAUGAAACGACUAAAAAUGGCGGUCAAAUGGUCAAGCUUCCCAUUGGUGAUGAAGAAAUCAAAGCCUAACGAUGAUCCGAUUGGUGUGUGUGAAUAUAUUACAAUUAGAUGUGGUUGAUUACAUUAAGAUGACAAAAUGGUAUACAAACAAUAAUGAUUAACUUUUAGUUAACAUUUAUAACAAUGUUACUGAUUAUAUGACUUUUUUUUCUUGAUUGUUUCGUCUUCCUUGAUUGUCCAAGAAUUAAUUAAUAAUAUAUAUUUGUGUGUGUAUAUGAUAAUUAAAUAAAAGGAAUGGUGAUUGAUUGGAAAAAAAA